GCCGCCUCGUGCUGCGCCGCGCCGCGCCGCAGGCCGUGGAUUUCUCCGCGAAAAGCCACGGGUUCGUUUCAGCGCGAGUCCGCGUCGAUCGAAAGUCUGCACGGCCGUAACGGGAGCCCGUGGCGUGACAACAGGUGUUCGGCCGACUUUGCGGACGUUCCGCGGGUGCAGCGUCGCGUGGGGCAAAGUUUGUGCACUCGUCGACGGGCUUUUCGCGAGUCUUCGGCCGCGGCCGUCGCGUCGAACGGGGACCAAAGUGUGCGACGGAAAGUAAACAGUGCGCAAAGCUGUGCGCAAGGUCGUGUUGUGGCUGCGUCCGCAAAACAGGACGUUAUUGUCUCAUGGCGCUCGAGCACAGUUAGAAGGAUGUGGGAGUGACACGCAGCUUGAGAUCAGAAGAAGACAAACAGAAGGAGGGCGCCAUGGACCUGCUGAAGGAACUGAAAGGGUUCAACAUGACACUUCAACUUCUCCAAGAAACAAGAAUUGGCAUGUCUGUGAAUGGUAUCAGGAAGCACUGCACAGAUGAGGAAGUCAUCGCCCUGGCAAAGGUCCUCAUCAAAGACUGGAAAAGACUGCUGGACUCAGGCCAUUCUCACUCUGAGCAAUCGACUAAAAUGAAGAACGGCCUCGACUCCGUGCCUCCAAACGGCUCGGCCUCUGAGACGCACAGCAGUCACAAGACACUGGAUGUCAAAGCGAAACAUGAUUCAGAUCCUGACAAAAAACACUCUGAAAAGAACAGGAAAGAAAAACACACAGAUGAGGACAAACCCCCAAAAGGAGCAGAUGUCCCCAAGGACGACAAACACCCGGACAAGGCUCGCAACGGUAAACAGACCCAGGAAAGGGCUGAGGACGAGCAGAAGCCGGGGCAUGCGCACGAUGCGCAGCCGCAGCCGCAGCCGCAGCCGCAGCCGCAGCCGAGGAGAGACAGGCAGACGGAAGACGCGAAGACAGCGAGACAAGCGGAGGAGAAGCCCUCGGAGGAUCCGAGGAGACACGGCGGCGCCGAUGACAAGGCCGGGGAGGAAACCCGAGCGGAGAGGCCCUUGGACGCGUCGCAGCGAGAGAGGCCGGCGGGCGAGCGAGCCGCCGACGCUCACCGGCCGCCGUUCGAAAGGAGAGGUGUCCUGGACAGCAGCGUUCUGUACCCCGGCCGCCUCCCCCCCCCCCCGCGGCCCCACCGGCCCCCCCACCCGGCCAAGCGGCCCAGCGUGGACGCUAGAAAGGACAGGAAGGACGAUAAAGACCCGUCCUCCCACACCCCUCCCCCCCGCGCCGCCCGGCCCGCCUCCCCGCCGGCUAAGCGGCCGGCGUUGGACGUCAGGAAGGAGAGGAAACUUCCUCCGGACCCAAAUGCUCCAAUAGCUCCUCUUCCUCUUCAUCUUCAUCCCCCUCCUGCACCAAGAAAAGAGGCUCCCGACCCCAACGCGCCGCUUCCUCCGCUCCCUCUUCACCUUCACCCUCCGCCUCCUCCCCCGAAGCGACCCUCACUAGAUGGGAAGAAGGAGAAAGAGAAGUCCGGGAAGGAGCCGUCCCAUUCUCAACCUCCUUCACAGAAGAAGACGUCAGACACGAAGAAAGACAGGAAAGACCCGUCUGAGAGCAAAGUGUCUAAAAAACACUCCGAUGAAGCCACGAAAGAGAGGAAAGAUUCCUCUGACUCUAAAACACAGCCGCACAAAAAGUCCAGUUUGGAUGUGAAAAAAGAAAAACACAGAAAGGACUCGAGCGAGUCGAAGCCUGUAAAACGCCACUCGACCGACUCCAGACCGGACAGGCGGGAGUCCACCGAUUCGAAGAAAAGCAGCUCGCCACCAGCCAAGAAGCUGACGGGGGAACGGAGGGAGUCCCACGGCUCGAAGGCGUCUCAUCCUCCACAGAGGAAGCCGUCGACCGACGCCGCCGAACGGAAAGGAAAAUCGGAAGCCCCCAAAACCCCCACCACCCCAACCAGCCCCAUGUCCCCCGGCUUCAGCUCCGCAGGGGGUCCUCUGCCCCCUCACCUGUCCACCGGCGACUCCGUCAGAGACAAGUGCAUCGAGAUGCUGGCGGCCGCCCUGCGCACAGACAACGACUACAAAGAGUUCGGAGCCAACUGCGACAGCAUGGCCGCCGAGAUUGAAGAUCAUAUCUACCAGGAGUCAAAGGCCACCGACAUGAAAUAUAAAAACCGGGUCCGCAGUCGCAUCAGCAAUUUGAAGGAUCCCAAAAACCCCGGCCUUCGGAAAAACGUGCUCGCAGGGAGCAUCGACCUGAGCCGCAUCGCCACCAUGUCGGCCGAGGAAAUGGCCAGCGACGAGCUGAAGCAGCUGAGGAACGUGAUCACGCAGGAGGCCAUCAGGGAGCAUCAGAUGGCCAAAACGGGCGGCACCACCACCGACCUGCUGCAGUGCAGCAAGUGCAGGAAGAAGAACUGCACCUACAACCAGGUGCAGACGCGCAGUGCUGAUGAGCCCAUGACCACAUUCGUCCUGUGUAAUGAAUGUGGCAACCGCUGGAAGUUCUGCUGACGCCUUCCGGUUGGAGCCAGGUCUUUCGGAGAAUACUGAACUGCAUAUUUUAUAAUAUGUGAGGGCGGAAAAUUUAUAUCUUACUGCAGCUACGAGUUUGAACGGACAAAAGUGUUCCUAUCAUUUUUACUUGACAUUUUGAGAUUUGUAAGUGUGUGCUUAUAAUCCAGGUUUGCUUCAUGUGAAUUUGAAUUCGAGGCGUGAUUGACAGAUUGAUGAGUCAUGAAAUUAACCAAGGACGAUAUCAGUGGUGAUGAAAGGAUAAAGACGUGAUGCAGUUAAUCCAUGCUAUCUCAUUAUGGCUAUUUACUUUUUCUAAAUACAAUUUAAAUAAAGCUGCAUAAAUAAUUACAGUGAUGACUGUUAGACUGUUAUAUAAUUAUCAGUCUUAUCCAGAGGCUCUUUGAACUGUUAUAAAAUAAUAUAACAUUG